AUGAUCAUUGUUCCAUUUCUCCUUCUAUUUCCAUGCGUUCUAACUCAAAAAUUGGACCUUCAAAAUCGCGGAGAAACGGAUUCCGAUGAAAUCGACGAUGAGGACGUAAACAUCGAGAAAUCCAUGACAGAUUUCCUGUAUAAGCGAAUGAAACAGGAUUUUGGAUUGAAAAAACGGUUCCCGCCUGACGUUUAUUCCAUUCCAGGACCGCAAGAGCCAUUGCCGGGAAGAACGCAUCAAGGCGAUUACUGGCCGGUAUUCCCAUUCCAAAAUCAGUAUUCUGGAGGACUUGAUCUUGAUCCUUCAAUUUCUCGCCAUAUCGGAGGCGAUAUGAACAUCGCUGUGCCUUCAUGGGGACUUCUUGACAUCUACGGCCGUUUUUUCAACAGAAUUUCUGACACAACUACAAAACUCGGCUAUAUCAAUCAUCCGGUGAACAUGAUGGAUCUUGAGAAGGAUGACUUCACAAGGCUAAUGAGCGAUCCGGGUCUCACACACAACAGAUUAAUUCAUCCAAAACUUCCCCUUGGAAAACUUGCCAAAUCGUAUGUGCCUGUCAGCUGUAAACCACCAAUGUGCAAUCCGUACCAAAUGAAUUUAGGUGUCGGCGUUGAGCAUGAUAUUGGUGGGCACGAUGGAAUUGAGGGCGAUAUUGAUGUGCCAAUGCCGAUUUCCAAAGGUCUCGCUUAUCGAUUCCCGAUAUCUGGAAAAGUUUAUUACGAUCUUGAUAAUAUUACGAUUUCUUAUGGUCAGAAUUUGGCUCCAAUCGAGCCAUUCUCGAGUUUGUUCGAUUAUCAGAAACAUCGCGAUCCGGCGUUGGGCAUCCCGAGAAGAUUUGACCGAAGUGUUCCUGAAUAUGGUCCUUCUAAACCCAUGUUUAGAAGAGGAAUGAGUUCUGAAAUUGCCCUACUUCGAUACAAUGGAAUGCUGGAAGAAUUGGAAUUGAGAAAUUUUGAGGCGCAAGUUGAAAUGGAGGCACAGAUGUACGGACAACUUCUCGGAAAUCAAUAUCUAAGUGCUACUGAGAAUAAGCUCAAUCUGCAAAAUGAGGGGUCCGAUGAGGAGGUCGAGCCGGAUGACGAUGAGCCGCUUAUGGCAAAGUCGGUUCAAGAUUUUCUUUUUCGAAGAAUGAAUCAGGAUCUCGGAAUAAAGAAGCCAUUAAAGCCGCUUCCAUAUCGAAUUCCAGGAGCACAAGAGCCGCUGCCGGGAAGGUCCCAUCACGGAGACUACUUCCCAGUGUUUCCGUUCCAAAAUCAAUUCUCUGCUGGUCUCGAUUUGGAUCCAGGAAUUUCUAGACAUAUGGGAGGUGGUAUGAAUAUUGCCGUACCAACCUGGGGAAUGAUGGAUUGGUACGGAAGAGCUUACUAUUCAAGAACUUCUGAUACAACUACCAAGAUUGGCUACCUCAAUCAUCCAGUAAAUAUGCUUGAUCUUGAAAAGGAUGACUUUGUCAAAUUAAUGAGCGAUCCGAAACUUCAGCAUAAUAGGAAAGCUCAUCCAACUAUACCACUGGGAACUGUGCCGAGAAGGUACAGACCGAUCAGCUGUAAGCCGCCGCUUUGCAAUCCGUACCAUGGAACAUUUGCUAUUGGAAUUGAACACGACUUUGGCGGCGGUGAUGGUUUUGAAGGCGAUAUUGAUGUGCCGAUGCCAGUGUCGAAAGGAAUUGGAUACCGAUUCCCGUUCUCUGGAAAUAUUUAUUACAAACUUGCCAAUAUGUCGGUUUCUUAUGGUCAGAAUUUGGCUCCAAUCGAGCCAUUCUCGAGUUUGUUCGAUUAUCAGAAACAUCGCGAUCCGGCGUUGGGCAUCCCGAGAAGAUGGACUAGAAGUACUACAGAACUCCACAAUAGUAUGGUCAGAAGAAGUAGGCCGAUUCAUAGGAAUCCGCAGAUUGAAAUGCUGCAAUACUAUGGAAUGUUGGAAGAAAUGGAAUUGAGAAAGUUUGAGGCGCAAGUUCAGAUGGAAGCACAAAUAUACGGACAGCUUCUCGAAAAUCCGUUCAGUUCUUCAAUUAUGCCAAGGCAAACUCCAUUCAUCAAUCAAAAUGAUUGUUUUUGCUGGAUGCACAUGCUUCAAAAGAAUUAUCAAGGAAGGGUUCUGCAUGGAACAAGGAAGUCGAAUACGUAUCUACAAACGGUAAGAAAUCCAUAUACUCGAAAGCGAAAAUAUUUGCAAUAUAUGGAAACACCACAAUCGUUGCAAAUUUAUCCGAAAUCGUCUAACUUAAACGACUAUGCGCAAAUGUACGAUUCAAUAUAUCAACCAUUCCCAUUGUAA